GACUCAGUUACAUUUAUAGUUCUGUUAAAGACAGUAAAAUUUUCGGCAAAUUCGUAGCGAGUACAAAUCAUAAAAAAAAUAUAUGUGUAUAAAAAUCAUAAAUAAAUUGGUUAAUUAGUUAAAGCUUACUUAACAUUCGAAAUGGUGAACUUUAACAAUAGUACUAAGAUUGUGGUAAAUCGUUGCAUGGAGCUUCUAAAUGCCAAAAUAGCUCAUGCUCAGACCCGACAUAUUGCGAAACGUGUACCCGUUAAUUGUAUGCGACCCCAAAAAGUGGACAGCGAGGCAAUCCUAAGGGAACGUGAAAAGGUAGAUAAUUACAAAGCCAGUAAGCAGCUUUCCAUGUGGCAACAGAAGAAGAGUGUUACCGAGGAUAUGCCAGAGAUCAUGCGAAUGGACGAUUCGCACUACAAGCAUUGUGACUUUAUGAAACGCGACUAUGAAUGCACGUGGGCCAAUUUUCCUUGUGACCCCGAGCCGAAGGUGCGAAGAACACAAUGUGAUGAGACCGUGCAAAUCACUCGCCGCGAAGCUGGAAAUCGUCCAGCAACAGCCAAGCCCUGGGAUGCAGAAGCCAACAACUUCAUUAAGAAUUGGGGCAACAACUAUGACAUCGAUCGUAAUGCAAAUGGAAAGUUAAUUCAACCGGUUAUGCGUGAACCCAGCAAAUGUAAACUUUACAGGAAGAAAAAGUUCUUUUAGUAGUCAUGCACCAUGUAGUUUACUUUCGUAAUCGUUUUUUUUAAAUAUAAUGUAUAUGCAUUAAAUUUAUAAGUACCUUACAAAUAAAGCCGUCCCUUACAAAAGA